UACCGAAGCAGAUCUUGCAUCCGAGGUGAAGACAGAAGAGGUUCAAGGUCGCUUUGAGAAUGAACUGAGACAUGUGGCACCUCCUUCUGCCCUGUCGGUGCAAAAACGCAACAACUUCAGAACGGUAUUUGGACGGAGAAAAGACACUCAACCGUAUUCGCGCCAUCAGUACGCUGCCGCUCACCGGAGUCACUCACCUCCUGCUCUGGCUGGUUCAACAGCGUUGAACUUUGGUGAAGACCAAAGCAGCCCACCGGAAUGCAGCCCGUGUGGGAUUUCUGCUGCCAGGUGCCAUCCAAUCACAGAGCGAGUGGAGUCCAGCAGAUGGAGUCAGUAUAGAUGCCCCGUCUGUGACAAGCUUUUUCCGCGGGAAUUGGCGCACGUCUAUUCGUUGGCCCCUGAUGCAAACGAUCUCCGUAUGGAUGGUGGAGGUCAUGAAAAGACAACAAAAUAUCCGGCCGAAGUCGGCCAAGCUAUAACUGCAAAGAGGAGGGACAACAGAAAAUGCGAGUCGAUUGAUACGGUCGGUUUUGGGCUUAUUCUGUCAUGGUUUAUCCGAUCAUAA